AUUAAUACGCCAAAUAGGCCAAACAGCAAGGGGUUGCUUCCGUGUCCUGGUUUCAUCAUGACCAAAUUUAUGGAGUGGCUAUUCGGAGUUUCGGUGGUGCUGGCCGCCUGGGUGCUGGUUGCCUUCGACCCGUUGGACCUGAAGGUGCCGCAUCCGUACCGAGAAGUGGCUUGGCCCAUGCCGCUCUACCUGUUGGUGUCGUUCGGCUGUUACUCCUUGCUCACGGUGGGCUACCGGGUGGCCACCUUUAACGACUGUCAGGAGGCCGCAGAGGAGCUUCAAGCACAGAUUAAGGAGGCAAAGAAGGACUUGAAAAAGAAAGGCUUGAGGAUGUAAAACCUUUGGACUAAUGAGUUUCCGAAACCUAAAAAGUGACUGGGAAAGAAAGCGCACAUCUUGAAACAGACAGACAAUUAUGGACCACACGCAGUUGUGUAAAUGUAUGCACAACAAUGUAUUUGUUGAUUAUUCGAGAUAUCUUAUAGAUAUAAAUAAAUAGAUAAUUUAUAUUUUUAGUAUAUGUGACUUUUAGUUCAGUUUGUGUUUUAGUUACUAUAAACUAUAAAAUGGUCUUUCUCAACCUGGUCUUGAGUCACAUUCCUGGUGUGGUGGUGGUUUCUGUAUUCAAGCAUACUUUUGACAAAGGCAGAUGAAGUUAGAGGUGAGAAUAUCAGUAUAUUGAAAUCUCUUUAUAAACAGGUAAAAUGUGCAAAUAUCCCGAUUUGGCAAAAAAUAAAAUUUAAAAACCUUGUUUAAUUGAUUUAUUGGAGAGUUUUAUAUAGAGUGUAAGGCCAUGUCUACACCUAGCAGAGGUUAUUAUUAUUAUUUUAACCGAGGAUCCUGCCAU